UUUGUUGACGUCAUUCCUAUGCGACAGGCCUCUCAGUACAAGACACAGUCAGUGCAGUUCUGCAGAAAUAAUCUGAAAUGGGUGAGUCGCUGCUGAGGGCCGUUGUAUCAAAGUGUUUGAACAAUAAUUUACGGGCUUGAAUAACGCCGUUUAAGACCAUCAGCACGUUUCUCCCGCAGAGUCACAGUGGUUGCAAGAGCACGUCUUUUACCGACCGGCGCUGUUAGUUUUAAAGCUGACGUUAGCAGGCUAAUGUUAGCUAGCGGAGCCAGGCCCAGCAUAGAGCCGCAUAUCAGAGUUGACUACAUUGUUUUUGUCAGCCACGCCAGUUAAACAGCUAAUGGGCCAGAUGUAAUUGGUGCCAGUUCACAACACAACUCGCAUAAUUAAUCCAGUUCGUUAGAAGUUUGGACUGUAUUUUAGUCUCAUAGUUAGCAUAGCCUGUAAACGUUAGCUAACGUUAACUGAAUUAAAGCUCGAUAACUGCAUUACAAUCAUGACUUCCAGGAGGACAGGCUAUGCUGGCAGCAUGGAUUCAUCUCCUUCAAAUAGCAGCAACAGCUCAGUCCACAGUGGAAAUCGUAAGCAAAGUAUUAUCAACAUUCCCGAAAGGACCGGGGUAGAGUCCUGUUAUGAUCGGAAAGCGGACAAGGCUGGAUACGGAGCUUCGCAGGGCAGCGUGACCGUAACGUCGCUGAAAUCACGUCUCGCCCCGACCAUUCAAAGUGCCAUGUCCGCUGCAGUUGACACUCUUCUGGGCGAAGUGGUGCUUGUUCUCAAUGAGACUCAACAAGAGUUGCUACAUAAGGAACAAGAGAAUGAAAGACUCAAAGUGCGUCUUGAAGUGUCAGAGCGGGAGCUGAAGACUUUACAGGAGUGUCUGUGUAGUGCUCAGAAGCUCAUAGACCAGCUUCAGAUCUCAUACACGGGCCCUCAGUCAAUUAGUCAGUCCGUUUUUGCCCCAUCGCUGUCUUCCAUGGCUUCAAUGACUUCAGGCUUGGACCGGGACCACCAGAACGCCCGAAAUGUGAAUGGAGCCGGUGUUGACAUGGGUCUCGGUGGCUCUGUGGAUGAUUCGCUUCACGGGUUUGAGCCCAGAGAUGACUACAAAAUGUGCCAGCUUUCAAUCCAACCAGAUGGCUCUGUGACUAACCACGCUCUGGAAUCCUUUGCUUCCAACACAUCUCAUAUGUGCUCAGAUUCCAGCAGACCAGAUGAGAGGCAGUCUCAGGGACCAGGUGGAGAAUCCAGGUUUGAGAUUAAACAAGAGCAGGGACCCUCUUCAGGCUCUGGCCAGCCCAGCAGGAAGGAGCCUGGGUUGCGUGAUGACAACAGAGUCGAUGAUGGUGACCUUGGCUACGUUGAAGUUGGAGGGGAGGGAGGUUCCCAGCGUUCCUUUACUCACCCCAUGCGUCACCAAAGACCUGUGCGAGAAUGCGGUGGUGCAUUGCAACAGGGCGGACUUGAUGGACAGAAACAGUUGGCUAGGACUGCUGUAGGCGGGAGAGUAGACAGUGUUUCACCGGGCAGAGCAGAGGACUCUGCAGGACCUUCAGUCUCUGAUACAGUAGGGGAGCCCUCUGGAGAUCGGCCUCACCACUGCUUGGAGUGUGGAAAGACCUUCCGUCUGAUCUCCAGCUUGAAGAAGCACAUCCGCAUCCACACUGGAGAGAAGCCCUAUCCGUGUGGAGUCUGUGGUCGUCGCUUCCGCGAGUCAGGCGCACUUAAAACCCACCUGCGCAUACACACAGGUGAGAAGCCAUACUCUUGCUCUGAGUGUGGAAACUGCUUCCGCCACCUGGACGGUUUGCGCAAACACAGGCGCACGCACACCGGAGAGAAACCUUACGUGUGUGCCAUCUGUGGGAAGCGCCUAAGCCGCCUGCAGCACCUCAAACACCACCAGCUCAUCCACACCGGAGAGAGGCCGUGCUGCUGCCCCUUCUGCAACCGCAGCUUCAAGGAGCCCGCAGCGCUGCGGAAACACAUCCGCACGCACCGGGAGGAAGGCGGUCACAUGGGGAUUGGUGCCGGUGAUGACACGGACCCAGACGCCAUGGAUGACAUUAACAACCUCCACCCAGCAGCUCCGUCCCCUCAGAUGAGGUUUGGGGAGUGGGGAGCUGAGGAAGAUGACAGCUCGGUUGUGGACUGUGUGUAGGGCAUGAUUAAAGGAGUAACUGUGUGUUGGUAUUUUUACCACAAAACCUACUCCGGGUAAAAAACGGGGAAAAAGUUGUUUGUGUAGUUUAUAAACACGAUGGAUAAGGUCAUCUCUGUUCCGUGCUGUUGAAAUGAAGAGAGGGGCUAUAUAACCCUACCAUUGGAGCUUUGUUUAUAUCAUUCUUUACACUCUUAGAUGUAAAAAUAACGUUUAAAAUGUUCGCUGUACAAGUAUUUUUUCCUGCACAUUCAUCAAGCAGCAGCAAUAGCGUAGAGGUUGUUCUUGGCACAGGGAGUUUGCUAGCUUCCUGGCAAUAAUUUGACAAAAAAAGGGGACAAAAGCUGUUUCCUCACUUUAAAAAUAUAAGUGCCUUGAAAACAGGGUCUGAAAUUAACUUUUUUCCCUUUCCGCCAAAGUGGCGUAUGGCCUGACGAUUUCACAUGCCACUGCCAACAGUUUACCUCUCAUUUGGCCGGUGAUAGUUUCAGACGCUUGAACACUCACUCAACCAUCAACUGAGUCGCUACUGCUGCUGCCGUUCAAGAUAGUUCCCACCUGGAUUUUAGUUGAGACAAACUGUUUAUUGUGACUCUGGCCGAUGGUCUUUUUUAUAUAGUUUUACACAUUAGAGAGAUUGGAUUUGCUGUUGAAUUAUAUUCAGCUACUAAUUAGGCAUGCUUUUGCCAACACACUAAGCUGCUCAAAUAGAUAGAAAUGGAUCUAUAGGGCUGGCUCAUGCUUCAUGUGUGGACAGACUUGCAGGAGUACAGACCAUGUGCAUUGUGUAGUUGGGCAUUAGAAACAACCUAAUAUCACAGUAUUUUUGGUUCAACUUCUUGAUAUUACUUGUAUUGCAGCACUGUUGAGAAUGAUUCAAGUUUUUGAUGGUGCAUAAUAGGGCAGUCAUAAGUCGUAAUUUGGUUUCUUCCCCUAAUCGAUUUUAGUUGGGAAAAAUUUGUGAAAGUAGCUUUUUCAAUAAUUGUCCUGCUCCAAGUGGAUGCACUCGCAUUGAAAAAAAAUCUAGUGUUUAUGCAGGACCAAAGCACAUUUGUGAAUAUUAUUGUAAUGCCACAGAUGUCCUCACUAUUUCUAAGUAAUAAUUAAUGACCACAAAAAUCCCAUGCUAGUGGAGUUGCAGUCUAGCCCAAUGAUGCCACCUGUAAGCUAAAAAGCAUUUACAUUUACACUGUUGUGAGUGUGUGUCUUCAUGAAGCAUGAACCAGUUUCACACUUCAGUCAACAGCGUCAAGCAGAAGCUACCUGUGUCAAGAAUAUCUAAAUUUGAAGCGAUCCAUACUAUUUGUUAAGUCAUUUUAAAGAGGGCACAGUCUGUUGGCAUCAGCAUGCACUCAGAUCAACAGCGUAAACACUUUACUGUUUCUCGAGUCUUGAUUAUCAUCUCUCUCUCUCUUAUGGACCAUAUUUUAGCAUUCCUUUUUUUUGUUUAAGAUGCUGCUACUGUAUGUCUAGAAAGCCUUUUUCUUUUCUGGACUUGUAUUAUUGUAUCCAGACCGUCACUGGCAAUUACUAGCGGACAGAUUUUGGUGCUUGCAUGUGCAUAUCUGCUCCUCCGCUAGCAUUAAUGCCUCCUGGCUGUUUCUGUACAUAUGUAUGUAGUUUUAGCCAUUUUAUCUGGAUUAAUGAGGGUUAACAUUUGUGGAAAAGUUAAUGUGCAACAACAAUUUAAAAAACAAAACAAAAAAACAACAUGCUUUUAAAACAUCAGUAUGCUGACAUGCAAUGUAAUUAUAUAUAAUCUUACUAAAACUCUUCCUGAUGUGACACCACUGAUGCAUCAGGGUUAACAGCAGACCAUUAAUCUUUUCAGCCUUUUACGCUAUACUCUGUAGGUCUCUGGUGUCAUUUACCGUAUACUACUAUAACAAUCUCCAUGUAACUAUUCUAUGUACAUUUACAGGUGUAAGUCAUUUUAAAAAGCACUCAAAAUGUUAAAUAUUUGUUACUGUAUACCCAGAAUACAAUUUGCCAUGGUAGUCUUGAUCCCAGAUAAUCAUAUUUAUUGUUUUUUUUUGUAUUACAUACAGAGGGGGCCUUUGCAUGUAGGUUUAAACUAAAAUGGCAGUGUUACAUGUGAAAAAUUAAAAACUUCUUUUAAGUCACCUGUGUUCAACACAUAUUCCCCCGCAUCACAUUCAUCGUGUUACCAACUGUAAAUGUUACUAUAUUAAAGGGCCUUGUUUGUACUU